AUGUCGGACUCUACUGUUGGCCAGACGAAGCAGUUUGGAAAGGGCCAGAGGACCGUUCCGGCUCAGAAGGCCCAGAAAUGGUACCCCGUUGAUGACGAGUCGCAGCCCAGGAAAGUUCGCAAGGCUAUUCGUCCUACCAAGCUCCGGGAAACCCUUCAGCCCGGUACUAUUCUGAUCCUCCUCGCCGGUCGCUUCCGUGGCAAGCGUGUCAUCCUCCUCAAGCACCUUGACCAGGGUGUCCUCCUCGUUACCGGUCCCUUCAAGAUCAACGGUGUUCCUCUCAGACGGGUGAACGCUCGCUACGUGAUCGCCACUAGCAAGCGUGUGGACAUCAGCAGCGUCGACCAGAGCGUCCUCGAGAAGGUCAGCGCUUCGGACUACUUCACCAAGGAGAAGAAGGCCGAGAAGAAGACCGAGGAGGCUUUCUUCAAGCAGGGAGAGAAGCCCGAGAAGAAGAAGGUUGCCAGCGCUCGUGCCAGCGACCAGAAGGCCGUCGACCAGUCCAUCCUGGCCUCCGUCAAGAAGGAGGCCUUCCUCGGCAGCUACCUCGCCAGCUCCUUCAGCCUCCGGAACGGCGACAAGCCCCACGAGAUGAAGUGGUAA